GCGCUUUUCGGCCGCAAUGGAACUUGCGACUCCAGAAGUGACCAGGGAGAAUCUAGAUGGGGCUAAACUGCUGGAGAAAUUCCCGGGAGCCCCCAGGUCGCCUCUGGAUCGCGAGGCCACGCUACAUGAGCGCCCCCUCCUGGUGAGGCCAGAACAACCAGCCCCCGUGGAAAAAAUGCUGGGCCAGCAGUACUUAUGUAGGUCAGGCUCUGGCCCCAAGGAAGAAACCUUUGUCAAGACCAAUGAUCCUGCAGUUCCCAAAGCUUUCAAGUGUAGGGAUUGUGGGCUGGCUGUACCCAGUCUCAAUGACCUCAUUCACCAUCAAAGCAGCCAUGGGUGUGACCGACCUUACAGCUGUCCAGAGUGUGACAAAAGUUUCCGGCGUGGCUCAGAUCUGGUUAAGCAUUACCGAGUUCACACUGGUGAAAAACCAUACCCUUGCCCAGAAUGUGGCCGUUGCUUCAGCCUCAGCUCUAAUCUCACUAAACACCGGCGUUCUCACUCAGGUCUCCGGCCGCACAAGUGCAUGGAGUGCGGAGAGGCCUUUGGUCGCAGUGCAGACCUAGCAAAACACCAGCGGGUGCACACUGGGGAAAAGCCCUAUGCUUGUGCUGAGUGUGGUAAGACUUUCAGGGUUAGCUCCAACCUGAUCCAGCACCAGCGAACUCACACUGGUGAGAAACCCUACCGCUGUGGCCUCUGUGGCAAAAGCUUCAGCCUGAGCUCUAACCUUUUGCAGCACCAGCGCUGUCACACAGGCGAGAAACCCUACUUCUGUGCCUGGUGUGGAGACAGCUUUGGGCGAAGUUCCUAUCUGCUAGAACACCAGCGUUCACAUACGGGUGAGAAGCCCUAUAAUUGCUGUGAGUGUGGCAAGAACUUCACCAAUAGCUCAAACUGCCUACGGCACCAGCGCACUCACAAUGGAGAACCGCCCUUCAGGUGUCUUGAAUGUGGUCGUGGCUUUAGUGAGAUCACUAUGUUCACUGAACACCAGCGCAUCCACUUGAACAAAUGACCUUUCCAGAACGUGGCAAAAAUCUUACACCACAUUUCCAUCAGUGUUCACACAUGGGCAAGAAACCCUAGAAGUUUCCUGAUUGCAGCUAGUAUUUUGUGGACACCAGCAUAUGCACACAGGCAAAAUCCUUACAUUUGCAGGAAGUUUGCCAAGAGCUUCAGUCAGAUUUCCCACUUGCUCUUCUACCAGGUGACUGACCCACAUUAGCAAGAAGACCUCCAUCUGCCUGUAAUAAGGCAAGGCCUUUGUCCAUAAUGCUUAACCUUGCCUAUCAUCAAUGGAUGUUCCAAGAUGAGGGCUUCUGCAGUUAUCCCUGGCUUCAAUUUUAGUCCAAACUUUGUCUCUGUGUUUAGUACAGUCCUGAGAAGGCUGAAGGGACCAGGGUGGGGUUUUUUGUUGUUUUUUUGUUUUGUUUUCCUUCUUUUUUUUUCUACGUCCUUAAGGUGACUUAAUUAAGGUCCACUAAUAGGGCUCACAAAUGGCAUCUGGGUUGAGGAGCCUCAGGCUAGAUGAACAGCACUAGAGCUGUGUCUACCUUCAGAGAAACAAGAUUUAAAUACACACACAUGCACACACAAAGUCCUGUUCUCUGAGAUUUCAUUCGGAAUCUCCAUUAGCUAGAGGGAAGUUUUUAGAUGCCCCAAACCACGUAGCUCCUGCCCCAGCUGCAGAUAGGCUAACCUUAACAAAAGCAACACCUUUUUCUCUGGAGGAAGAGGAUUACAAACCAGGCAAAGUCCAUGUGAGGACUACAGUAGCCAGAGGUUGGAGGAGGACCAAAGGGGACGAUAAAAGGAUGUGUCUUGGCAAAAGGACCGGAGAAUUUGACCUUGGGGUUGUUACAUAAACUCUGGGUAUAGGAAACCGUCCGAGGAACUCUUCACCACUUAUUGACUCUCUUUACUGUUUACACUAGGGUGCUGGAGACUGAGGUAGAAACAGAAAUAGACGUUGAGUUCAGGAUACUUUAUGGUAUUUCUAGGCAGGGGCAAAGGCCCAAGAUUUGUCAUCUCAUUCUUUUCUAGUCUUCACUCCCUUCCCUUAAAAAUCCCCCUGCCCCCUCACCCCCUUUUCUUACUCCCAUCAGUGGAAGAAUAGUGAAGACUUCUGGACUUUGGAGAUUCAGUGUGGCCUUUUUGUCUGAUAUAGAGGAGGUUGCCCACACAAACGUAUUUCUACUGCUAACAUUAUAUAUGGGAAUAACAAGAUUUCCCAACGCACCACAUAGUCUUUGAGCAGAGUCCAAACAAUGAGGGACUGCUUGUUUUCCUGAGAGGUACACUUGUCUGCACCACAUGCAUACAAGUGACUCCUCAAUCUUUUGUGACAGUCCAUUCAUCCUUAACUGCAGAAUCUGGGACCCCUGCCCUCCAGUUUUGCUGCCGUUUAUCAAGCUUGCUGUGUCUAGAAUUGUGUAUAGAGUAAGAGGCUAAAAGAGGAAGAGAAUCAGGUUACAAAGCCUCAGUUUCUAAGUGACUAGGUUUUUCUCUAGAUGUGUGACUCAUUUCUUUUUCUGGCUCUCAGUUUCUUCAUCUGUGAAGUGUGCAGUGUACCUCGCCAGGCUGUGAAUAUUCCAUGGAGAUACCAACUUUUAUGAAGUGCCUGGCUAGGGGAGUGGCUUAGUAAGCCUCAAUUCUCAAAUCUGGAGUCCUGUUGAUUGUAUCAUUCAGAAAGCAUCAUGGAAACUCAUGGAUCAGUUUCUAAGAUUGCCAAAAUGAACUAGACAUUCUUGGAGUAGCCUAUUUUUCCAAUAAAGGCAACGCAACAGUAAUAGUGAAUGAUGCUGCAUUGGAGAUGGGAUGUCACCUGGAGCAAUUCUGAAGGCGUGAACAGCUCUGGCUCUUCAAACUGUAGGGGAAACUUACUCCAAGCAGGAGUAAGGAAUUAAAGAAAUUCUUGAUGUGUUUCCAUCAAUAGUACUUCAAAAAACACAACCCCUGGGUUUGAGUUGAAUAUCUGAGCAUAGCACAUAUAUA